AGAAAGAAAGAAAGAAAUCUUAAUUAAUAAUGGCGAUGAGGAAGUUGACGAUGAUGGUGAUAUUUGUUUCGAUACUCUUUGGUGAUUUGUUGGGUCCCACCGCAGCAGCUGAACCUUGCAGCGGCUACAAGUUCAGCACCGGCAAAUCGUUCGUAGCAUGCAAGGACCUACCGGUGCUGAACUCGACCCUCCAUUGGAACUACUAUCCUUCAUCAGGCACGGUGGAUAUAGCUUUCCGACAGACCGCAACAACCACCUCAACAUGGGCUGCUUGGGCUAUCAAUCCCACCUCACAUGGCAUGGUUGGUGCUCAGGCUCUUGUUGCUUUCCAACAAUCAGAUGGAACCAUGCUGGCCUACUCUUCUCCCAUACAAUCCUACGCGACUCUUCUACGCAAAGGUGAACUAAGCUUUCCUGUCUUUAACAUCUCUGCCGCUUCCUCCAAUAUUAACAGCUUCUUCGAGAUAACUAUUUUCGCUACUAUUCAACUCCCCGGCAAUUCUACUUUGGUCAACCAUCUUUGGCAACAAGGUCCUCUUCUCCAAGGAGAUGUUCUUGGCAUGCAUCCUCUCACCGGAGAUCAUGUCAAAUCGUUCGGAAGUCUCGACUUUGCUUCCGGAAAGAUCGAAACCAGUUCAGGAGGUGGAGAUUUUUCCAAGAAAGCUACCAUCAAGAAGGUGCACGGAAUCAUCAACGGUAUCAGCUGGGGACUUCUUAUGCCAAUUGGGGCAAUGGUAGCAAGAUACGUGAAAGUUUUCGAGGUGGCGAACCCAGCUUGGUUCUACAUUCACGUUACUUGUCAAUGUUCGGCUUAUCUGAUUGGAGUUGUCGGCUGGGGAACUGGGGUGUGGCUUGGAGCUAAAUCUUCGGGGAUUCAGUACAAGGCGCACAAGUGCAUUGGUAUCACCCUUUUCUGCCUUGCCACUCUGCAAGUGUUGGUCGGAAGAUUUUUGAGGCCCAAAAAGGAUCAUAAGUGCAGGAUAUUUUGGAACAUGUUCCAUUACGCAGUUGGUUAUGGGACAAUUGUCCUCAGCAUCAUAAAUGUGUACAAGGGGUUGCAUAUCUUGCAGCCAGGGAAGGCUUGGAGGGAUGCUUAUACUUUCACCCUUGCAUCCUUGGGGUGUAUAGCUGCCGUAAUGGAAGUGUUUACUUGGACUCUGGUUUACAAGAAGAAUAAAUUAGCAAAGGUGCAAACAGUUGAAGAAGAAAAUAAGGUGGAAACAGAUGAAGAAGCUAAUAAGGCGGAAAUAGUUGAAGAAUCGAUUCCCACAUCUUCUGGAGAGGUAUAGUAUCGAAGAGAUAUUGAAGAAUGGAUACUGCAAGCGGCAAAGGAACUUCAACA